AUGAGUAAGAAUGUGGUUGAUCUAGAACUGUUUAAGGAAUCGUUACAAGAGGAGAGCCAAGAGAAGAGGGAUGGUAAAAAUGUUAUUGACUUGAAACAGUUUGAAGCAAGUACACAACAAGAUCAAGAUGAGAAAAGGGAAGCAAAGAAUGUCUAUAACUUACAAGCUUUGAAAGAAGGUCUUGAUACUGAGAAUGAGAAAAGGGAAGCAAAGAAUGUCUAUAACUUACAAGCUUUGAAAGAAGGUCUUGAGGUUGAGAAUGAGAAAACGGAAACUAGAAAUGACAAAAGAUCAAUACAACAUGUAUUUGAUAUUGAAGGGCAAAAUGUCCAUCAAAACUUACUUCAAUCUAUUUUGCCUCAAUUACAAUCUAUAACAGUAUUUACUGGAUACAUAAGAGAUGAUCUGAGUUUAGCAAAAAAGACCGCUGAUUCCUCACAGUCUAUGAUUAUUAUUGCUCCUUCUGACGAUGCAAUCAGUAAUAAAUUAAACAAUUUAAAGCCUUGGGAAUUUCCAACUGAGUUGACAGGAAAUUCCGAUGAUGAUAAGAUAGUGAGGGAAAAUUUGAAGAACUUUUUGAGUGGUCAUGUUAUUGUUGAUUUCAAAGAUAAGUUCGUCACCAACAAUGAUGAAAUUAUUGCAAACUUAAUUAAUGGCAAUCAGGUUAAAAUCAAACAAGAAGGAGUAGACAAGUUUAAAAUUUCGACAGGCAAUGAUUGGAUCAAAAUUGAAAUUGUUAAGCAAGUCGACAAUGGGUAUAUUUUUGUUAUUAACGAUGUUUUAGUAAAGCCAUAA